AUGCUCUGCACCGGAUGCCAAGUAAAGGAGGCCUCGCGCCUCGAGUGCCCCAGCUGCAAGAAGCUGGGCAUCAAUGGCAGCUUUUUCUGCGACCAGGCCUGCUUCAAGAACAACUGGGGAACACACAAGAUCGUGCACAACAUUGUCAAGAUGAGCGCAGAUGCUGAGAGCGACAAGAACUCGACGCUGCCUGCCAACAUGCGCAACUACCCUUUCACAGGGACUAUGCGGCCCGUGUACCCGCUGUCUCCGAGGCGCGCAAUCCCAAAGGGCAUCAAGAAGCCAGACUAUGCCGAUGACCCCAACGGCUUCAGCCCAUGCGAGGCUGUGCGCGAACGCUCCAUCAGGGUGCUCAACGCGCAGGAGAUCGAGGGCAUGCGCAAGGUGUGCAGACUGAGUCGCGAGGUGCUCGACUACACUGCGAGCUUCAUCCGCCCCGGCAUCACGUCAGACGAGCUCGACGCCAUCUGCCACCAGGCCUCAAUCGACCGCGACUGCUACCCUUCGCCCCUCAACUACUCCAAGUUCCCCAAGAGUGUGUGCAUUUCCAUUAAUGAGGUCAUCUGUCACGGUAUCCCCGACCAGCGGCCGCUGCAGGAGGGCGAUAUUGUCAACCUCGAUGUGUCGCUGUAUCACGGCGGCUUCCACGGCGACUUGAACGCCACUUACCCCGUCGGCAAGGUCAACCAGGAGAGCCUGGACCUCAUGGCGGCGACGAAGAAGUCGAUGGAUGAGGCGAUCAAGAUCUGCAAGCCUGGUGUGCCGUACCGCGAGAUUGGAAACAAGAUUGAGUCCAUCAUCAAACCCACAGGCUACUCCAUCGUGCGCCGGUACACAGGCCACGGUAUCCACUACCAAUUCCAUUGCGAGCCCAACGUUGUACACUACGGCAACUCGAAGAUGCCGGGCCGCAUGGAGGCCGGGCAUGUGUUCACUAUUGAGCCGAUGAUCAACCUCGGCACGGCCAACCUCGACCACUGGCGUGACGACUGGACGGCAGUCACGCUCGACGGCCGUCGUUCAGCCCAGUUCGAGGAGACGAUCCUCAUCACCGAGACGGGCUACGAGAUCCUUACCCGCCUGAGCGCGAGCGCGAAGAAGAACAAGAAGAAGAAGGCCAAGAAGACUGGCGCUGUUAACGGGACGCCAAAUGACACCGACGCCGACGCAGACACGCCCACCACCGGCACACCCGCAGCGACCGACUAG